CCGACGCGUCAUUGAAAGAUCGCUGGUCUUGGCUGGCAGUUCCACGUUCGCUAGUUUUAUUUCGUUGGUGAAAUCGGCAGAAGAAGCACGCGCGCGCGCCUUUGUGUAUUUCUUUGAUUGUAGCUCACUACUGUGAUUGGCUGUUAUGGACUAUCAACGCUCCAAGUAGAACCUUUACCGAACUGAUUACUGACUUCAUUUGUGUAUGUUAUCCGCCCCUCCCACUCUGUCUUCGUCGCGUUAUCACGAUCGUGUUUUCCGUUCGAGGUAUGAAGGUGGAAUACGUGUCCGGUCGCUCAGGAACCGGAAGUGACUACGUGAGUUUUCGCGGUGCGUUUCGUUUUGAAUGACUCCUCGGGAUAGAUGGAGGAGAAAUCGAAUGGUGGUGAUUAAUUUUUGUGACUGAAAGCAAACAGGUUUUUGGGAGAUUUUCAGUGAAGCAAACAGUGCGAGUUGUUUGUGGCAUUAAAAGGGAUGAGAAGCCAUUUCGCUGGUACGUCAUUUGGGUGAAAGGAUUGUGUUGGAGAAAUCGCAGUGAUAAAUUUUUCAUUUCGAGCCAAAAAUUGGAUGAAAGGAGAAGGCGUUUGCUGAAUUUAUGAUGUGAAAUGGAUUGAUGGAUAUUGCAUAGUUGAAGCUGAAGCACAUUCAUUUCGGAUCAAGCCGUAAUUUUGGAUCAAUGUACACGUCGAUUUUGAGAUUAUUUCGAGCAUCAAAGUUUUGGAAAAACGAACACUUCAAAACGAUCCAGUUUAGUAAAAGCUUACGAACCACCCGUCCGUCUCAAUGAUUUCGCAGAACAAUGAGAGACGUUGGAACGGUUUUAAUCUCGCAUUGAGGUGGAUCCAUCUGAAAGCUGUGAAUGUUCGGCCAUUUGUCGGAAAGUAAAUAGGUUCACCAAAGGCUCGUAUUUCUCUGCACUGCUAUUGUUUUCGUUCAAGUUAUCUAGGAGCGUAACUCACAUUAUUUACGAUGAACAUAAAUCGAAAACACGCCUUCCUGCGACAAGCAUCCUUUUUCGGCAUUCUACUUCUGGCAGCAGCAGUCAUUGUCAUACCAACGGUGCGGAGCGAAUCAACGACUGAACGAAGUACGGUCCAAAUUCCGCUUCUGAAUGAAACUAUCGCAGCGGUUCAGCAGAGUCAAACAAAUGAGCUGGAAGAAUUCGAGACCGUUCUUGUCAGUUACGUCAGUGACGCUUUGGACCGUAACUACAAGCAAAUUCUAGCGGGGCUCAGCUCACCGAACGCAUCGGUUGCUGGUGGAGCAAUCGGGGAUUCGAGCCCCAGAAACACACGCAGCUUAAACAUGUUUGGGCUGUCGGAGUUUGAUCUGAAAAUUAUCAACGGUGUAGCGGGUUUCGUCGACCGUCGGCUCUUCGGCAGUAGCAGCAGUAGUGGUGGCACCAAGUCACGGGCUGUCCAAGCAGGACGAUUGUUUUUCUUCAAAGGAUUGAAGAAAAUCAUGUGGCCACUGCUGUUCGGAUUGCAGAUAGUAAAAACAGUGCUGUUGGUGCUUUUCCUGCCAAGCAUCAUCGGGUCGUUCGGAAAAAUUCUUGGAAAAGGUUUAUCGUCGGUGUCUGGAUUGUCGCAUCCUGCCACGACAGUUGAGGAUUUGGACUUCAAAGAUAACUCGUACAAUUCGGAUCAGGAUUUCCAUAUGACCAUGGACAACAAUGCCUAUCUGCCACCGUUGGACUCUCAAUCGGCAGGGACGAGUUACAACGCAAUGAUUGACUCGAACAACGCCAACGCAGCGUUGUCGAGGUUGGGCUUCGGUGGGGGCCGCGUGACGUACGUCAGCUCAGGAAACGACUAUAACCGGCAGCAGAAGCGAAAUGAUUUCAAAGUAUUCCACGAUAUACCGAGCAGUAGUUUGCUGCUGACAAACUAUGAUCCGUUCUACAGCCCGCUGCUGUCGCGGUUGGAUGCUGUUUUCGCCCAGAUGGGACUCUCGAACAAGGAGGAAGCGUGUCGGGAGAAGCUAGUCUGCCUAAUGUACGCCAAUCCGGCCAAAUAUGCACCCUACAGCAAUCUGAUAUCGGCGCAACUUAGUAGGGAACUAAACGAACUGCGCAAACCAACGAACGACAAUCCGGACAUAAUGCGGUUUUUCCGGUACAUGAAAGCUGCCAAGGAUGGUCAAGAUGGAGUGGACUGCGAGCAAAUGCACAAGGAGUGCAUCACCUAUAAGGAUCUGUCCAAUCCGGCGAUGGUCACCACGUUCAAUGACAUCAACAAACUGGUUCUAGCGAGAAAGCUGUAGGAGGAAACAUUGACUAAUGGUUGUACGAGAACUGUAGUGAGAACAAACUAGAUUUCACAAUCGGUUGACGGUGUAGGAGCUAAGAAAACGUAAGGACUAGAACUAGGUCGCAAAUGGAGUGGAUAUGAAUUCUACCUAAUACUAGAUAGCAAAUAGCGAUAACAAAUGGGGAACGAAAUACGUAGCGGGUUGAACUGAUGAUGGUUUUGGGAGAAUCAACAGCUGGAAGCGAUUUUUGUGAAAUACCGUCAUCCUUCCCCGUUCCGUGUUUGGGGGGGUAACUGUAACUGUAACCCUUUCCUCCUCCGGAUGAUAUUCCGGACGAAUAGUCUUAGAUACGUGUAGUACAUCUACGCUAGUACAUACCUUUAGAAGUAACUCGCUCUACGCUCUACUAGAGUGAGCUGACAUUUGAAUAGUUAGUUGAAAUGUGCCUGUAAUUAUAUGAUUGUAAUAUUUAUUUUUCAGUUCAUAAACUAGUAAUUUAAUAAUUUAUUUAUUUAUUAAUUUCUAUUUAUUGUCCUUUGCAAGCUCCCUCUACUAUCUCUGUGUAGAAUUAACUUAGUUUUUAUUUAGGAAAAAAAGAAUAAUUUAUAAAUGUUGUUACGGAUGUUUGCAAUCAAAUAACGUUCAGGUUUCAGAUUCUGUACUACUGAUAGAUGUA